AGUUGAACACAGUGUGACCAAGUGAAAAGUGUCCGGUUUCGGAAGUGCCUUGUCCUGACCUGCUCCGAAGACCAUGGCAGUCUCCUUACGGGCAAGAGGAAAUGGAACCAGUCGAACACAUGGAGAAGGACUCUGGGGCCUUCUCUCCCUUCUCCUCUUCCAGAAUGUGGCCGCCAAGAUCCGGAUCACGCCGACGCAACACGACUUCCGCGUUGUCGAGGGAGCCAACUUUAGCAUCGCGGCUGACUUUGAGAUGGACCCGGGAGACACCGUCGCUUCGGCGUCCUGGAUUAAAAUGAACGGGAGGAAUCAGAUAAUUGUCGAUUGUUCGCCGGACCAGGUUGUGACAGUAGCCUACUCCACGUACCGGGGACGGGGAAGGUGCACAAUGCAGGCAGACGUUAUAGCAUUAACACUGACCGAACUCACGCCAAACGACGCCGGAGUUUAUGAGCUCAAGAUGGUCUCAGAGAACGGUGACAUCAGCACAGAGCAAUUCAUGGGGAAACUCUAUGAGCCCGUUUCCAAUCUCAGCAUCCAAGGCCGCCUGGACCGAGGGGCCACCCUUAUUCUGACGUGCAAGGUCGCAGCCGGGACGGACCCGAUAUUUAACUGGGCCCUGAGCAACGGGGCUGUAGACAACAGCAGCAAGUAUAUAAUGUCGGCAAACCGCAGCGUCCUGACCGUAUCUGAGUUGGAGUCUUCCGACUGCCGCGUGUACAGGUGCCUCGUUAGAAACGAUGUCAAUGACAAGGAGGCGCAUUUCAACGUUUCCGAAUCGGACAGCUUUCAGUUCUGCAGAGAAAACAAAUGUUACAUUGCCCUGGUGGUGAUUGGCAUCUUGUUACUGCCUUUCGUUGGUUAUUUGGUGCUCAAGGGUGUCGAACGCUGCAGGAAGAAUCGGCAGAGAGACGGGUCAUCACCGGCGGAACGCUAUCGACUGUCGACCGUGGGAGGGAGCGACAAUUCGACCGAUCCCCCGGAAGGGGGUGGCGAGUAGAAUCUAAUGGGAAGGGCCAUUGAUGCGUGGUUUUCAGAAGCCUUUGCUCAUCGUUUUGCUUCGUGACUUGCUGAACUGAACUGGUUUGCCAUCGUAAAACUUUGAGAACUGUUCCAAGACUUGGCGGUUUGAG